UUAAAAGUAGUUUUCUCUAAUUUUUAAUAAUAUAAUUCUUUGUUAGUUUUGAUGAAUAGAAUAAUUCUUCUCGUACAUUCGUAAGUUUAGCAUACUGAAUAGAUUUUAAAUUAUAUUUUAUUUAUUAUUUUACUUAAAAUAUUAUUAUAUGAAAAAUUAAGAAGGUAUUAAAUUAGUUUCUUAAAGUAAUAAAUCAAUCGAAUUUGCAUAUCGUUUUACCAAAACAUUUUAAUUUUCGUUUGCAUUGAAGAUUGAACAAAAGACAAGUUAUCAAUCAACGAUUUUUUAUUAAAAAAUCACUAUAUGACCACAAAAUAUUAAAUCUGAAUCAUAUUAAAUAUUAGAAAAUAAUUAGGCUUUAUUACAGUUGAAUCACGAUAAACAAAAACUUAUCUUACCUUGCACAAACUAAUUUUUUUGGAUUCUGGUUUUCUCUCUUGAAUUUGUGGUUACACGAGAGAAAAGAGACACAUUAAAUGGAUCCUAACAAAACACUGUAAUCAAGUUGCCAAAAAGAAAUUUUAAUGAUUUAGUAGAUAAAAUAUGCACAUUUUCGGAUGGUUCACAUACUGGUCUUGUCAGCGGGCUAUCGAAAUAGUCAAAGUCACAAACAGGCCAUGAAAAGACAACAUACGUGGCGUAUGCUACACGCGCCAUGGCACAGUGAUAUUAACUCUAUAGGCAAACCGCCAUCAAUCCAUGAUGAAACAGAUCAGGAAGAUUCGUUAUCUGAAAAGCAAGAUAUGGAGUUGGAUGAUAUUGAGCGAGGCCCAAAGCGAAUCUUUAAACAUCUACAUGGCCGAAGAGAACCUCGUGGCAGGCUGGACAUGCCACGGCUUAGCCUGUUAGGCAAACCUUUAAAUUAUAGGCCUCCUCGCCAUAGAGAUCCAAGAUACAGAAAAGCUCAAUUGGUAGUCCACAAUAUCUUGGAUAGGCCAAGAGGUGUAAUAGCAGUAAUUUACCACAUGAUGAUGUUUUGCAUGGUAUUUUUCUGCUUGGUGCUAAGCGUAUUUUCUACAAUCGAAGAAUUUGAAGAACUUGCUAGCGCUAUUUUAUUAAGAAUGGAAAUUGUAAUGGUAGUGUGGUUCACAUUUGAGUUUUUUCUUCGUCUGUGGUCUGCUGGCUGUAGGUCCCGGUAUCAGGGAUGGGUCGGCAGACUCAGGUUUCUCAGAAGUCCAUUUUGUGUUAUUGAUGUAAUCGUGAUUGUGGCGUCUGUUGUGGUAUUGUCUGUUGGAAGCAGUGGACAGGUGUUCGCGGCCUCCGCCCUUCGGGGACUACGAUUCUUUCAAAUCCUGCGCAUGGUUCGCAUGGACAGGAGGGGCGGCACUUGGAAACUCUUAGGAUCCGUCGUCUAUGCGCACAGACAGGAACUCAUUACCACUUUGUAUAUUGGUUUUCUUGGUCUCAUUUUCUCUUCGUUCCUCGUUUUCUUAGCAGAAAAAGAUACUAAUUCUGAACAUUUCAGUAACUUUGCAGACGCUCUUUGGUGGGGAGUGAUAACUUUGUGCACAGUAGGCUAUGGAGAUACAGUGCCUAUCACGUGGCCUGGGAAAUUGAUAGCUGCUUUCUGCGCCUUACUUGGCAUCUCCUUUUUCGCUCUACCUGCCGGAAUUUUAGGAUCUGGAUUCGCUUUAAAAGUUCAACAACAGCAGCGUCAAAAGCACAUGAUUCGAAGACGAGUUCCAGCUGCAACGCUUAUCCAGUGUUUAUGGAGAUGUUACGCCGCAGAUGAGAAUUCCAUGUCCAUUGCUACUUGGAAAAUACAUCAGAUGCCACUACCAAGUCCUCCAGCCUUCCACUCUGGUUCAUUCACGAGCAUUAAGCUCAAAGACAGGCUUGAUCUACCGCAAGGCACAUCCGGCUUGUUCAAGCACAAUACUUCCUUUGUCAGUCGUCUUUCAACCAUUCGAAGACAUAAAACUCCUCACGGGCAACCAGGAAGAGGAAGGUUCGAUUCCACUGCAUCCACUGAUUUCAUGUCAACUUCAAAGACGCCAUCUGGUGGAUCUACCGGGAACUAUGUAGAUGAUGGUACCGGCAAAGAUGUAUCCGAUACAUCUAAAAGAAAUUCUGAUGAAUGCAUUGUGGAGUGUGCUGACGUCAUGACUACACCUAAAGGCCUGUGCAACAUGUUGCAGAAAGAAUUCAGCUGUCCGCCAUAUGUGGCGCUGUCGCCAGCAUUUCUCUCCUCCGAACAAACAUCCCCAGGCUCAAGACGAGGCAGUUUCUGUGUAAAUCUCUUCAACAGGGUUCGUAAAGAUAGUCCCUCUUCCUGCGAUGAGGAGCCUGAGGAGCCUAGACUUGCGAUUUUGACAAAACAACAUAAAAAUGCCAUUCGUGCUUUGAGAAAAAUAAAAUAUUUCGUUGCCAGACGCAAGUUCAAAGAAGCCCUAAAGCCUUAUGAUGUCAAAGAUGUGAUAGAACAGUACUCAGCUGGUCACGUGGACCUCCUGAGUCGAGUUAAAAACCUACAAUGCAGGUUAGAUACAAUAUUAGGUAAAGCUGGGUCCAAAUCUGUAGACGUAUACGAGUCCAAAAUUAGCUUAGCAUCGAGAAUAGUAAAAGUAGAAAGAAGUAUAGAAGACAUCGAAAGCAAAGUGGACCAACUUAUCGAAAUGUAUGUGGAGGAUCGACAUCGUAUGUCCAAAAUCAUCUCAACAUUCACUUCUUCAUCGUCCUCUCCUCCUCCACCUCCAACCUCUUCCAUGCCUCCUCCCGACUCACCACUGCAAGUGACCACGAAGCACCAUCACCAUCCCAUGCAACAAAAAAGCCCCAAGUCCAUACUAGUGGACAACAAACAAUACAGUGAACCUUCAACCCCUGUUGCCAAGAGCUUCGAGCAACAGCAACAGCAGCGCACCAUCCACCGAGGAAACUCGGACCUCAGCCAGAGGUGUUUCAAAAAGAAAAGAGUAACCGUCCGGCACUCACUAGAAGGUGGUGGUGUAUCACCAUCGCCACUUCUUUCGGCUCCUCGUAUCGAGAUAGAGCCGGACACACGAAGAAUCUCUUGUUCUGCAGAUUCCGUUGAUCCGGCAUCUUCAGAGACAGCCAGUACCAUGGGAACUGAGCUGGACAGUAGUCUUGAAACCAGUGAGAUGGACUCGUGUCCGGAGGAGGUUGCCACCGUACGGCAACCGGAUUCGGACACAGAAGUGAGCACGGUGACUGUGGUUAUGAAGGAGACUGCGUCUUUGUUGAGGCCAUCUCUGCAUAACCUUCGGGCGUGAUUGCAGAAGCACAUUUACAAACACACUCCAUCCCAAGGACAAAUAAAUAUCACCGCACUCUCACACAUAUUGCAAAAUGAAAUAAGAACAUUUGCUAUUUUUCUCCUCCCUUCAUUUCUCUUAUCUCGCCUCAUCUGGGGCUAUAUAACAUGUAUAACUAUAAAUAUAAAUAAUUAUUGUAUAUAAAGGUGCAAUGUCAUGUGAUAGUCCUCAAUUAAAUACUCAUCUGCUCCAGUC